AUGGAUAGUAAACGGGGCCGUAAACAAUUGCGUAAGAUCACUAGGAUCGGGAGGAAUAGGUCUGAAGAUAAAGCUAACGGUUCUGCGCUUGAAAAGAGAGGGAACAAUGAUGGUGAUGAGUACGCGGAAAUAGCAAUGGGAGAACAUGAGAAGGCAGCAGAUGACGACCAAGAGGAACGUACUGCACAUGUAUAUGGAGCUCUUCUAUCUAUAUUGAACUCUGCACAUCCAGAGAUUCGUCGUAAGCGGGUGAAGGUUGAAAAGACAACAGAUGCAGUGGUGGAGGAACGUAAGAAUGGUAGCCGAAACUAUGAGACGGAUGAAGUAGCAACUAUAUCAGCUAGCUUAGAUGAUAGCGUUGACAAAGAUGAGGAAGUAGAGGAAGAUGAUGGUGUGUAUUCAGAUGGCGAGGAUAGUGAGGAUGAGCGAGACCCUUUUGAGUAUCAUUUUAACCAGAUUUCUGAAAUGGAUACUAAUAAACUUGAUGCUGCUUUCAAGGAAAAAACUGUGCAGUAUGAAUCUACGAAGUUACCUUAUAUGCAUGAUAAUGAAGGGUUUAUUUUUUCUAAACCAGUUAUUGAGGGGCUUAAAGGCAGUGAUGCGGUUAAUGAUACACCAGUGUGCAAAGGUAACAUCCACUCGUAUUUUAUGAAGAAGAAGCUUAAGGUCCAUAAUGGCUUGCUGGAUGAUAAAAAGAAACCUUUGACGCCGUUAUCCAAGACUUUAGUGGAUCCCAUCUUUCAAUAUCGAGAUCUGCUAUUUGAGUACGAAGAUUUUUCUCAGGAGACGGAAUAUCGUGAUUUGUAUACACUGCAUAUUCUGAACCAUAUCUACAAGACGCGUGAUCGCAUUUUAAAAAACAAUCAUAAAUUGCAGGAAAACGACGAUCAAGAACUUUUGGAUCAGGGUUUUACGAGACCUAAGGUACUUGUUGUCGCGCCAACAAGGAAUACCGCAUAUGACAUUAUUGAAAAAAUUAUUGACAAAUCUGGCUUGGACCAAGUUGACAAGAAAUCAAAGUUCAAAGAUCAGUUUUAUGAAGAUUCAUUACCGCCUACAUCAAAACCAAAAUCAUUCCAACAUGUUUUCAAGGGUAAUACAAACGAUUUUUUUGUAUUGGGAAUGAAGUUUACGAGAAAGACUUUAAAACUUUACAGCAACUUUUAUCAGUCAGAUGUUAUCGUUUGUUCUCCCUUGGGGAUUCAGUUGAUCUUAGAAAACACUGAUAAGAAAAAGAGACAAGACGACUUUCUUUCCAGCAUUGAAAUGCUAGUGGUUGAUCAGUUACACUCUCUUGAGUUCCAAAAUCCAGCACAUGUGCUUUCUAUCUUUCAGCACAUAAACAAAAUUCCUCAAAAGCAGCAUGAUAGUGAUUUCAGCAGGAUCAGAAUGUGGUACAUAAAUGACCAAGCACGUUUAUUCAGACAGACAUUGAUUUUUACAAAAUAUGUUUCACCCUUUGCGAAUUCAUUGAUUAACGGUAAGUGUUGUAAUUGGUCAGGCAGAUUCAAGAAUCGUAGAUAUAUUAGUCCCGAAAAAUCUGCCAUAAAUCAAUUAGGUUUAAAAGUAAGACAGGUUUUUCAUCGAUUCGAUUUAUUCACUGGAUCUUCAGUGGACGAACCAGAUUACAGAUUUAAAUUCUUCACUAGUGUCACCGUUCCAAUUAUACAGAAAUCCACAGGUUACGAAGAUGGCAUUCUACUGUACAUUCCAGACUACACCGACUUCCUUCGAGUUAGAAACUACUUUAAGGAUCAGACUCGUAUACUAUUUGGCGAAAUUACAGAGUAUAGUGACCAGAGGCAGGUUACUUCCAACAGGGCCUUAUUUCAACAGGGCAAGGUCAAAGUCCUGCUGUACACUGAAAGACUGCAUCAUUUCAGAAGAUACCAAAUUAAAGGAGUCAAAAGUGUCAUUUUCUAUAAGCCGCCUUCAAAUCCUGAGUUUUAUCAGGAGCUUAUCAGGUGUAUCGGUAAAAAUGCUUUCUUAGGGAAUGCCGAUUUGAACAUCUCUACAGUAAGAUGUACAUACUGUAAACUCGACAGUUUAUCUUUGGAAAGAAUUGUUGGUAGUAAAAGAGCUGCUGUAUUAACUCGCAGUCAAAAUGAAAUUUACGAGUUUAAAUAA